AUGGACAAAAUUGCCAUUUCCUCUACAAAUGGUACAUUAUCUCAUUUGGAAAUGUUGGAGGAUUCUGCCCGCAACGUAACACUGAAGCAAGGGGGAAUAAAGGAGCAUGAGGAGAAGAUAUUAAAGAUGAAAAUGAAGAUCCUGGAGCUGAGAUGUCAAAGAGAUGAGUUAAAAACCAAACUAAAUGUUUGUCGAUCACAGUUCACUCUAGGCAAAGAUGCUAUGAAAAACAGUUUGCAAGUUUCUAAGGCUACAACAACAAGCCAACAGGCGUUAGAGUGGAAGAUAGAGAAUGCCAAGGGUCUGCUAGAACUUUUUCAUCUGACAGGCCUAAGUGCAAAAUUGACAGAGCAUGGAGUCUCCUUUUACAUCAGCACUGCCUUUGAAGGAACUUAUCUAGAUUCCUAUUAUUUAGACAUCCUUAUACAGAAGCCACUCCAGAUUCAACACCAUACAAUCCCAGCUUUCAUACCUCUGGAGCAAAUAGCUCAUGAGCAUUUGCAGAAAGACAUUAAGUGCUUCCUGUCUGUACUCUCAGAUCAUCUGAACGCUUAUGCUAGAAGGAAAUUCCAGGUAGAUCAAUUACAGGAACGUUUUGCCAUUUUUCUUGAAGGAUGCAUGAAAGGAAAUUCCUUGUACAAUCGGUUGGCAUUUAACUACCGUGUAACAGAAGAUGGAAAUUUUCCAUUUACAACAAAGAUCAUAUAUGGAAAUCACAUAAAUGCUCUCCCAACCAAGGUCACUGUUGUAUGUAAAGAUAAAGAUGCACCAGUUUCUGUGGACGAGAUGGCAGCAGCUCAUUUGGCGUUGUUCUAUGAGAAGCCUCUUCAAGAUGUCUUUAUUUCUAUCACAGCCUCAGCUGAAAAUCUGAAUCAACCUAUUGCAGCCGCAUCAUCUUCCUGUUCCAUAUCUGGUAGCAAAAGUGUUCCCUCUGAGGUUGCUGCAUUAUAAAUUGCACUAAGGCUACAUCAAAAGAACAAAGAGCUGUUCCAAAUUGAUGGAGCAGAGACUCUGAAAUAAGGCCAAGGACUGCAGGAUAGCCAGUCUGCUUUGCAUCCUGUCCUACCCAAGGCCCUUAGUAGCAUGAAUAAAUUAUUUAAUUCUGCCACCUCAUCUCACUUAUGAUGACUUUUGUUCUCUAGCAUUGAACAUCUCCUAUUUUUAAAAAUAUUGUCUUACAUUGUUUUAAAACUGUAGAUAUAAUAGUAUUCAAAGACUCAUACCCUCCUCCUUUAGGCUUGUCCUGCUUCCAUUACAACUCUCUUUACUUGAUUCUGGCCAAGCUCUGCAAAGAGGCAGUAUUUUCCACUGAAAUGUCUAACUUGCCUAUGUGAAAUGAGAAAUUAUAUAUGGGAUUAUAUAAAUAUCUGAUUUAGUAGGAUUAUCUGUGUGGAUUAAAAUUUUGUAUAUCUGAAAACGCUGCAAGAAGAUGAAUUUGGUCCUCUGGCACAUUUGUAUCAGCCUUUCACUCAAAGCUCCCAAAAUAGAUUGCACAAUACAGUAGUGAGGAAAGCUGUUCUCAGUCUUGGCU